ACAUACAUUGAUACGUGGCGCUCAUGGGACUAUUCGUACGUAAAAACGCGUGUUCCUUUCGUUUAUAUAAAAUCACGUAUUUUAUCAUUUUUCUCGAGAAAACGUAAAGUAGUAAAAAAGGAAACAUUAUUUUUAUAGCUAGUUUUAUUAUAUAUAAAAAUUUAAUUUAUAAUCGAAUACUAAAGAAUACGAAUUAUAACCUAUAAAAAUCCUACGUGGAUUUCGAUUGAAAAUAAAAUAUUUAGUAUAAUGUUUUAAUUAUUAUAAAGUUUACUGUAAAAAAUGAGUGACAAAGAAUCAGAAGAAGUUUCGAAAGUGAGUGGACCUGUGGAUAAUGCCUGGUCGUUGAAAAUACCAGCAUUCAAACCUGAAGAUAAUCCACAUCGUCUUUUGGAAGAAAGUUCUUUCGCUACUUUAUUUCCAAAAUAUAGAGAACAAUAUUUAAAAGAACAUUGGCCUCUGGUACAGAAAGCAUUAGACGGAUAUGCAGUUAAAGCAGAGUUAGAUCUCGUUGAAGGUAGUAUGACAGUCAAAACGACAAGAAAGACUUGGGAUCCUUAUAUCGUUGUAAAAGCAAGGGAUAUGAUAAAACUCAUGUCUAGAUCGGUUCCUUUUGAACAAGCAGUGAGAGUAUUGGAAGAUAAUAUUGGUUCCGAUAUUAUAAAAAUUUCUUCCUUUGUAAGAAAUAAAGAAAAAUUUGUUAAAAGACGACAAAGGUUAAUUGGACCAAAUGGAUGUACGUUGAAAUCAAUAGAAUUAUUGACAAAUUGUUAUGUGUUAGUUCAGGGACAAACAGUCUCUGCGUUAGGACCUUAUAAAGGUUUACAACAGGUGAGACGCAUUGCUGAAGAUACUAUGAAAAAUAUUCAUCCUAUUUAUAAUAUAAAAGCGUUAAUGAUAAAAAGAGAAUUAGCGAAAGAUCCCAAAUUGAAGAAUGAAAACUGGGAAAGAUUUUUACCUAAGUUUAAUAGUAAAAAUGUUAGUAAGAGAAAACAACCAAGAAAGAAGAAGGAAAAGAAACCAUAUACUCCGUUCCCACCGCCGCAGCAAGAGAGCAAACUUGAUAAACAGCUUAUGUCUGGAGAAUAUUUCUUAAAGGAAGAACAAAAGAGAGCAAAGAAGAAGAAGGAACAAGAGGCUAGACACGAAGAAGCUAAAAAGAGAAGGAUAGAACGCAGAGAGCAGGCGUUUAUUCCACCAGAGGAAAAACCAGUAGAGAAUAAUGCAAAAAGUACAGAAAUAAAUAUCGAUGAAUUAAAGAAAAAGAUUAGGAAAGGAAUGAAGAAACAUAAUGCAAAAACAUAGCCAAGGAGAAAUAUUUGAAAUUAUAAUAGAGACUUUGAUAGGUGUAUAGAUUGCGCAUGUAAGAUCUUUAACUAAAUCAAUUUUAUAAUAAAUGUUUCUGCAGAA